AUGGCCGAUUCUGCUCCCAAAUCCGUCGCUUCUUCUUCCGAAUCGGCGGUCCACAUCGUCUACACUGAGAGGCCUCUCGAAAAUGAGGAGCCUGAGGCCUACCACAUCCGAACCCUAGCCUCCGUCCUCGGCAGUGACGAGGCUGCGAAGGGGGCUCUGAUAUACAGUUACAAGACGGCUGCCAGUGGAUUCUCCGCUAAGCUCACUCCUCAACAGGUCGAGGAAAUUUCAAGUCAGUCCUCUCUCUCUUCUCUGAGACGAAAUUAUCUAAAUAUGCUGGUGCGAGUUUUUUGGUUUUUUCUAGGGUUCAUGAUGACUAUUCUUCCAGUUAUUGGCAAAAGCUAUUUAUUUAUCUGA